AUGAACCCCUUCUGCGAGAUUGCCGUGGAGGAGGCACUGCGGUUCCGCGAGGCCGGCGCCGCCUCCGAGGUCGUCGCAGCCAUCGUCGGUCCCGCGCAGGCCGCCGACACGCUCCGCACUGCGCUUUCCAUGGGCGCCGACCGCGCCGUCCACGUCCUCCACGACCCCGACCCCGCCGCCCGCUCCUCCCGCUCGCUUUUUUUGCCUCGUCUUUCAUGGUGUCUGACUUGCUCUGCUUCCUGCCUGCCGGCCCGUCGUCCUCCUCCACGCCCCCACCCGCGGGCCUCCGCCGCGUCCACAUCUGGAGCUCCUCGACCCCAUCCCGUCCGCGGCGGUGACCAGCUACAGCCUCUCUCUCUCUCUCUCUCUCUGCUCGGCUGGGCGGCAGUGAAGUGGGCAGGCGAUCCACUCAUCCUGAUUUCUCUUCUCGGUGUUUCACCCAUCGGUAAGGACAAGACACACAUAAACAUCCUGGUCAUUGGCCAUGUCGACCACCACUGGCCAUCUGAUCUACAAGCCAUCCGAGAAGUCGAUGGCGGCGGCGCUGGAGUUCCUGGGGCGCAGCGCUCGACACGCCCGGAGCUGCCGGAGUGCCAUGGGCAAGGGACAAGACUUGCAUCGACAUCGUGGUCAUUGGCGAUGUCGACCACCACUGGCCAUCUGAUCUACAAGCUUGGAGGUAUUGACAAGCGUGUGAUCGAGAGGUUUUAGAAGGAAGCCACUGAGAUGAACAAGAGGUCAUUCAAGUAUGCGUGGGUGCUCGACCAGCUGAAGGCUGACCGUGAGAGGGGUAUCAACAUUGAUAUUGCCCUGUGGAAGUUUGAGACCACCAAGUACUACUGCAAUGUCAUCGAUGCCCCUGGACACCUUGAUUUCAUCAAGACUCCACCACUGGCUGUUUCUCCUAGGAUGGUUGGACCUGUCAGCACACCCUCCUUGCUUUCACUCUUGGAGUGAAGCAACAAGGAACAACUUAAGGAAGGAGUACAGGGAGAAGCACCCUGACGUCAGGCAUGUCUUCGUGGUAAGCGCCUUGGUCCCGUUCCGUCACCUGUCCGCCUCUGUCUUGUGUUGUUUGUUCGAAUUGUUACUGCGAUGAGUUUCCUUGUGAAUUCCGUGUCCUGAUCUGGUUUGGGUUUAGUUCUCUGGCUUGUUCAAACCGAGAGGACUGUGUUCUCAGAUUGUUGCUAGAAUUGCAACUGCUCAUUUUGUAUUAAGCUAGGAUAAACAUCUUUUUUAGAACAUGGGUUGAAGUAGAUUGUACUUGCCUACUGAGAAUAUGAAAACAAGAUAUUAUGUUUGCUAAUAUGAAGAUAGCAUUGUGUUUAAUCUAGUACUGAUGAUUGUUUUCAUUCUCAUAUAAAUUUGUUAAUGAUGGUGAUUUUGUACUAGCAUAUAAACUUGUUUUUGUUGUCACUUGAUACAUACUUAGCUUGUACUUGAAGUUGUGGGUUAAUGCUGGUAAUUUUGUUCUACUUGUAUGCAUUGGUACCCCCAUCAUCGAGCGCACGGAUGCAAUAGUGGCAAGAAGAUCAUGGUCGUGUGCAUCAUCAAGCACACCAUGGCGAGCAUCCACCUCCUCACAGUGGCAAGAAGAGCAGGUGCCUAGUUUGUAAUCGCUGUCGAAGGAGCUCCAUGCUGAAGAACAUAACACUUGUAGAGCUUGUAAAGUACCAUGUUAUUGAACUUGUGGAGCAUGUAACUAUGACUUCCACUAUUGUAUGUUAGAGUUAUUUGUACAACUUGCUACACUUGCUGAAGAACAUAACACUUGUAGAGCUUGCAAAGUGUAUGUUAGAGUUAUUUGUACAAUAGCAACUCUGUAUUGACAGCAGCAACACUGGCUGGUAUUUGAAGUAUUUUGUGUGUUUUCUGUGCCAA